UAUUGAGCCUGAUUAAGAGCAGCACACUGCUCUCUGAGCUUCGUACUAAAUGGAAACUGCUGAGUUCUAUUAUGUUUAUUAUUUAGCUCAAGAUUAUCUGCAAUAUGUGCUUCAGGAAUCACAUCUUGGACCAGCCCAAACCAGAGUUGCUCACGUCUUGCGAAACAUCGCGUCCUCACUCCAAGAUCAGACAGAGGAGGCACUCAGACCCAUCUUGGACAGGAUCGAUAUUACCUCUGUAGAUGUUGCCAAGAGAAUUUUCAAUGGAGUCAUGGAAGAAAAGUUUGCUGACGGAAAUACUAACUGGGGACGAAUUACGACCAUAUUUACUUUUGGAGGUCUUCUCACCAAGAAGCUUCAAGAGCAUGGAGUUCAGCUCACCGGAGAGGAGAAGGAGCAGAUUUCUUAUUUCAUCACAGAGUACAUCAUAAAUAACAAAGCCGCAUGGAUAGAUGCAAAUGGUGGCUGGGAAAACGGUUUCCUAACAAAGUUUGAAAGAAGAUCACCACUAUCUUUCUCUACAAUUACAGACAUGUUUGCAGCUGUUUUUUCCUUGUUCAGAGAGUACUACUGAAAUAAAUGGACCUGCUUGCUGCAACAAGCUUCAUUGCUAAGUUUUCCUCCAAGCAGUAUCAACUAGAAAAUAACUUCCCUGCAUAAUUUGUUUUUAAUUUAUUUCUAUUUAUUUUGACUAAUGCAAUGUCUAACACACUCUCCUAAUUGUCAAACCUAAAGAAAAGAUGCUUCUAAAGAGGAAUCAACGCUGCAUGUGCAGCAGCGCAAGCCAACCUUUCCAGGCACAACUGCUUCGAGAGAGAGAGAGUCCUUUGCAUCCACACAGCUCUUGGAAUUUCUGUUGCACCUCCAAUGAAAGGACAUUGUCUUACUGAAAUACAAUCCAAUGGGUUAGGAAACAAGUUUUAAUCUCAUUUGUUUUGUAAAUGAAAUACUACUGUAGUGCAUUUUUAUUGCAACAUUUG